AUGGAUCCAUUAACUAGGUACAAAAUGAAAUUAGAAAAAGAUAAAUAACAUUUGUAAGAGUAUGAGAGAAUUCAGAAAGAAAAAGAAUUAUAAAAUGAAAUGAAGUUAAGAUAAAAAAAUGAAAAAUAUAAUAACAUAUAACAAAAAUAGGAUAGAUAAAAAGAAGUAGCUAGACUUAAGGCAGAAUUAAGGAAAAAUCAUAUAGAUCGAACAUUAUUUCAAAGUUAAUAAAUUGAAUAAGACAAGUUGAAUGUAUAAAUUAUAAUUUAGAUUAUUUAGGGAUACUAAUAGAAAAUUGCUAAAACUCUAGAUUCAUUAGAAAAAUAUGAGAAUGGAUAUCACAAAGAUUACUUAACAUCUUUGCACAGAAAACAAUCAAAUCAUUCACAUUAGAUUGAAUGUGUAUAAUAAUAAAAUGAAACCAUCUUGGAAAAUAAAAUUAAUAAAAUCAAUCAAUCCCUAGAAUUUCGUUUUAAAAAAUCAGAAGAUGUAUUUAUUUGUAUAUAUAUAUAUUAGGUUUUAUCAAAUCUUUCUAAACAAAAUAGUGAUAGAAAAAAAAGUGAAAAAAUAAAAGUUGAAACUUAUUAACAAUUAGUUUAGAGACAUUAAGAGAGAUAACAAUAAUUAAGAGAUCAAAAGGCAUAAUAAUUUGAGGAAAAAUUGAAUAAAGUAGAUUAAUUAUAGAAAUUAAAAGAAUAAUAACAAAGAGAGAAACAUUUAUUGAGAUUAGAAGCAGAUAAAUUAAAAGAGAAAAUGAGCAAAGAAUUCGAAUAAGAAUUAGCAGUAAAUAAAUAUAUAAUUAUAUUUUAGAAAAUGAAAUCUAAGUAAAUUAAACUAAUAUAAAAUUGA